AUGAGAAAUAUACUUGCAUUUCGACGUAUGAAAUAUGGCUUUUAUAAAUUUCCAAAACUAUUGAAAAUUAUAAGUGAUAGACAGAUAUUGAAUACAUAUAUUGAUGAUGAAUCAAAUUUUGAUGAGGUAAUCGUUCCUGGAAAUGAAAUUGAGGAAAAAAAUGCAGCAAAUUUGAUAAAUAUUGCUUGUUAUGAUCAUGAUGGAGUACCAUUUCCAGGUUUUCUUUGUCCACUCAUUAAAAUUAUGGCUCAUGAAUAUGGAAAUUGGCGAAGUAAGAUAGCAGAAAAUUUAACUUGUGAAGAUUUAAUGGAUUUAAAUACCCAUCCAUGCAAUCAUAACAAUAGUUCGUGUGUUUUAAUGGCACUGCCAAAUAGUCAUCUCAUUUUGGGUUGUAUGGACGAUAGUACAGGAAAAUUUGUUGCGCCACAAAAAUGGCUUGGAAAUAAUAAAAAAUAUGCUAAUUAUUUAUUUGAUUUUAGAGUUGAUAAUCCAUUACGUUUAUCACAACAUUGUAAGAAAUAUAAAGAUGGACGACCAGUAUGUCUAAGAAAUAAUUUAUUCUAUCGAAAAUUUCCUAUCCUUCAACAACUUACGUGUUGCUGUAAAGGAGAUUUUUGCGCCGAUAUACUUUUUGACCAGUCUGGUUUCAAUCCAUUACCAUUCCUACAUGUAUCGGUUGAUCUGAAAAGUUUGAUAAACAGCAAUGAUUAA